CGCCGAGUGCCACCGCCUCAUCCCACCUGGCCUGUUCUUCAGCACCUGCAUCAGCGACAGCUGCGGUGGGGACACCUGCCAGAGCCUGGAGGCCUACGCAGCGCUCUGCCGCGCCCGGGGCGUGUGUCCCGACUGGCGCAAUGCCACCCGCGGGCUGUGCGACCUCGCCUGCCCGCCCACCAAGGUGUAUAAACCAUGUGGCCCAGUGUACCCCCAGUCCUGCGACUUCAGGAGCCAAGGGCCCAGCCAGCAGAGGGCUGGUGGAGGGCUGCUUCUGUCCUGACGGCCAGAUCCUGUUCAGCCCACACAAGGACAUCUGUGUGCCCGAGUGCCCCUGCGUGGGACCAGACAGGUCUCCCAAAUUCCCUGGAGAGCGAUGGGUCAGCAACUGCCAGGACUGCGUGUGUGACGAGGGCUCCGUGUCAGUGCAGUGUGUCCCCGUGCAGUGCAAGACCUGGGGCCAGGCCGUGGAAUGCGGCCGGGCCGGCUUCGUGGCCAUCACCAGGCCCCAGGCUGACAACCCGUGCUGCCCAGAGACUCUCUGCGUCUGCAACGCGAGCAGGUGCCCCCAGAGCCCGCCCCACUGCGGGCCGGGAGAGGAGCUGGUCCGCACACGGGAGAAGGACGACUGCUGCCCCACGUUCAUCUGCCGUGAGUCUCUGGGGCGGGGCUGGGGGGUCGGAGCAGCCGUCCCAUCGCCCACUUCCUGCCAGAAAUGCACCUGCCUGCUCAGGGACACCCAGGGUCCGACUGUGCAGUGUGAAGAUGUCACCUGCAACAGCACCUGCCCGCAGGGCUUCAAGCACUCGAGGGUAGAUGGGCAGUGCUGCGGGGAGUGCGUGCAGACAGCUUGCUUCACACCCGAUGGCCAGCUGGUCCAGCCCAACGAGACCUGGGUCAACAGCCUCGUGGACAACUGCACGGAGUACCACUGCCAGGCCACGAACGGGCCCCCUUUGCUGACCCCGACACCUGUCGCUUGCCAGGACGUGUCCACCUGCAGGGGCGUCCUCAAGAAAACCGGUUGCUGCUACUCCUGUGAGGAAGUGGACUCCUGCCAGGUCCAAGUCGGCGCGAUGGUCCUGCAGCACGGGGGCUGCGUCACCCAGGCCGCCGUCACGGUCUCCUUCUGCGAGGGUUUCUGCCCCGGAGGGUCCAGGUACUCCAUGAGGGCCCAGGCCUCACAGUGCCAGUGCACCUGCUGCCAGGAAACCAGGACUCACCAGGAGGUGGUGACCAUGCAGUGUCCCAACGGGACGGCCAUCCAGCACACCUACACCCAUGUGGACGAGUGCAGCUGCGUCCCAUCCUGUGGGACACAGGACAGCACCCACACCACCGUCUGACGCAUUCUGCCCCCGCCCCACACGCCCUCCGCACCUGGAGACAGAGCGUGCACCUCCCAACCACCAAGACCUCGGGAGCCCUGCCCACCUUACACCUGCCCCAGGUGAAACCUGGGCCCUGGAGGGUGACGGCGCAGUGAGGCUGUGCUUGAGAAGGGCCCCAGGCGGGGGCCUUGCCCUCAGAGCCUCCCCCUGCCUGUUUUGGCCCCCUACCUGGCCACGAGGGCCCGCCUCGGAUCCGAAACACAGCACCCACUCCGCCCAGGCUCCCCCGCUUCCUGGUGUCAGAUGGCUGCCCUGGAGAGCCGUUGCACACCCGCCAUUCCCACCGCAGGGCCUGUGUGCCCCGCUGCCCCUCCGAGCCGGUGGAGCAGACUCCCUCUGGCUGCCUCCUGCGGCUGACCACAGACAAGCCUGUGCCUGCAAGGCUGGCCGCCCCCAGGGAGCUGCGCCUGGCAGGCUGGCUGCCUGGCCUGUGUCUGCCCAAGGGGCGGGCCGGGGAGGGGUUGGCACCCCACGCACCCCCACCCCCACUCAUCCCGCUCGUCUUGCAAAUAAAUGCUGAGCAUCUCGCGCACG